AUGGCAGCAGCACCCACGAAACAAGCUCUUCAGGAGCUGUACUCAAACACCCUCCGCUCUGCUCGAGCAUUCAGCUCGUAUAAUUUCCGACAGUACUUCGUGCGCCGAACGGAGACCACCUUCCGGGAUAUCGAGAGCGAGACAGACUCUGCGAAACUCACAGCGUUCUACAAUGACAAGACGAAGGAGCUUGAGGUGCUCAGACGCAGCGCCCUUGUGAACCAGCUAUACGGUGGUCGCAAGCUUGUCGUAGAGGAGCAAAGUGCAGAGCGGGAGAGGAGUGACAAUUGA